AUCUGCCCCUGUUAGUUUCUCAGAGUUUCAGACCUCUACGAAAAAUACUAUAUUGAUAAAUAAAAACAUUCCAAUUUUAUCAAAUUAAACCUUUCCUAUUCCAAUUUCAACCCAAAUUCCAAUAGAUCAUUAACAUUCUUAAAACAUUAAAAAAAAAAAAAGCAUUAAUCACGAAAGCUUCAACUUCUACAUCAAUCUUCUCCUUUGUUGCUUUCGCUUCUUCCUUUUAGUUCCGUCGUUCUCGAUCUAUAGCAAAUAUGAGUUCUCCCCAAAGAGGUACGUACCCUAAAAGCCGUUUUAUUUAUACUUGUUUCUCUGUUCGACCUAACAUAAACUUGUGCGUUUAAAUCAUAAACUUGAAGAAUCAAGGAAUGUGAUUUUGUUUAUGGGCUUUAUUACAGGCCUGAACUAAUUGAAAGCCCAAAAACAAGAGACGGUUAUGUCCGAAAAUUAUAAGGUUAAAACUUAAAAGAUAAAAUACACAUCGUACCUUAAGAAAAAAACACGAAUCGUACCUUGUUCAAUAAUCAAUCCUAAACCCCUAGAUCUACAAAAAUCCUUGUUAUCAGUCGUUCUUGUGAAAAUCAACUAUGGACGAAUCCGCCAUCAAAGUAAGUAAUCUUCUUCUCUUUAUGGAUCUCCCUAUUUGCUUAAGCUCCUCUGAUUCUCUCUCUCUCUCUCUAUUAGAUGAUUUAGGUCUUCAACUCUUCAUAUUUAGGUAGUCGAGAGAAUAUCUGAUUAGAUUUUUUUUUAUGUACACUAGGGUCAGGAAUCGCUGGGUGAAGAACGCCUUAGCACGAUUUCCGUAGAGGGAUAUGAAACUAGGUUUCAUCAUCAGUUUCCUCUCAGUCUCGCGUUGACAAAGCAUUUCGCUAAAUGCGGAAAGAUCGCGCGUAUCUUUGUUCCCAGAGACAGAAAGGGUAUCCUCAGGAGUCCUGUCUUCAUUUAUUAUUGGGGAGAAGGUGCGAGAGACAAGGCAUUGAAACUUAGUGGACGUGACCUGGGAGGAUGGACUGCAGUCGUUAAGCCUGUACCCCAGCCGAAAGAACCUGCCGAGUUAAGGAACUACCCCUUGGAUCGAGAAGUACGCGAGCUGAUGGUUAAGGUAGAAGAUGGUUUACCUUCUUCGGUGCGUGAUAUUGAUUACAUGAUCGGGUUGUAUGAACAUUUCUCUUCAUGUGGAGAGGUCACCGAUGUUAGUGUUAUUCCCACAGUUGAUUUGGUCGACGGAAAAUUUGUUCCCACAAGACUUGCUGAGAUUUCUAUUAUGGGAAAAGGAUGUGUACAGAAGGCGCUGGAACUAAGUGGACGUAACGCACAAGGAUGGAAUUUAGUAGUUCGUCAUGUUGCCCCGCCAAGUGUCCCUAAAAGACAGCGUACCGGCUGUGAACAUCCAUCUAUUGUACUUGCGAAGAUGGAGAAGGCUGAGAUGGAGAAGGCUAAGAAGAUGGGGAAGGGGAAGAAAAAGAAGAAUGCUGCGGAGUAGAAAGCUCUCUCCUUAAUUAGGACAAGACAAAAGCUCUUUGGUAUUUUUAAGUUUGUGUGAUACAAACUAAAAAAAACAAAGACCGGGCAUUUUUUUAGCGAUCGCUAGAGCAACGUCAUCACCACUAUCUACGUAACUAUUGUCGUAUACCUUCAACGUUCUCAGAUUGGGACAAGACUGACCUACACCUUUCAAAAGCUUUUCUUCGAUAAGCCGGAAUGAAAACUCAACUUCUUCAAGCAAUGGGAGUUUUACGACUGCUUCCAAAUUCCCUAUUGUCGUUAUUCCAAGGAAGUCGACAACUCUAACUCUCUAAGGCUUCUCAGAUUACUUGAUCUACAAAUACUUACAAUACAGAGUUAUAACAUGAUUUGAUCAUUAGAACAACAAAAUUAAAAUGCAAAAAAAAAUCAUUCAUAGAAUC